GAACUCAGAGGGAGUAGUAGUAGUAGUAUCAUCUACUCCGAAAUUACUGGAUUUGGUAAAUUGAAAGCUGACGAAUUAAUACAGUGAUUGGCGAAGUCAUCUGUGGAGCUGUUUCGCGGAAGCUUCGUCGUCAUCUACUUUUCUUAUCUGAGCUCUUCUUUACCUACUUUCCGGCGUGUUAACGGCGGGCAUCUCAGCAAAAACAAAACAGAUCCUUGGUUCUGCUAUUCUCUCUCCACACACACAGUAGCAAAAUGAUACAGGAUACACACAAGUAGUUAGUUGUCUUUGGCUUUUACUCUUAUCGUACUCGAAUCCAAAAGCUUGAAUCAGUUAAAAAGGAGAAUCAGCAAUUUUCAAUUUUCAUUCCGUCUGAGUGUGACACGAUUGGUUAAGCUCAACUACAACAAAUUUACCCGGAGAAGGCCAUACUGUAAUCGGAUGGGUUGUUGAUACAGAAGUGUUACGAUGGGAUCUGGAGGAGUUAGCCUUGAUCUCGAAUCUGAUGAGAUCCCCCUGAGCUCAUCUCAUAGAAUAAGUAAAAAUGAAACUUUGCAUUAUGAAGCGCCUCAUAAUCAUAUUCCAUCGACCAGAGCCUUUUCAUCUUCAAGAUUUUUGAGAACAAUGCAUCAGAGUACUGCUCUCAGAAGUAUUUACAUCAUUCUAAUAAAAGCAAAGAUCAAUGUGUUGCUUCCUUUUGGCCCGCUAGCAAUAUUGUUGCACUAUGUCACUGGGAAGCAUGCCUGGGUCUUUUUUUUCAGCUUAUUGGGCAUUACACCAUUAGCCGAGCGGCUAGGAUAUGCUACAGAGCAGCUGUCAUUUUAUACCGGGCCAACAGUUGGUGGCCUUCUAAAUGCUACUUUUGGCAAUGCUACUGAAAUGAUAAUAUCAAUAUAUGCGUUGAAGAAUGAUAUGAUAAGGGUUGUUAAACAAUCAUUGCUGGGUUCCAUUUUAUCAAAUAUGCUGUUAGUUCUUGGGUGUGCCUUCUUCUGCGGUGGGAUUAGGCAUUACAAAAAAGUCCAGGUUUUUGACAAGGCAAGUGCUAUUGUAAGUUCUGGGUUAUUGUUGAUGGCAGUGAUGGGCUUAUUGUUUCCAGCAGUGCUUCACUUCACUCACACGGAGGUCCACUUUGGAAAGUCAGAGCUAGCUCUUUCUAGAUUCAGCAGCUGUGUAAUGCUAUUGGCAUAUGCUAGCUAUCUAUUUUUUCAGCUCAAGAGUGAGAGAAAUUUGUACAGUUCCACUAAUGAGGAGGGAGAAUCUAAUUCUGAAGGAUCUGAGGAAGAAGAAGCCCCUGAGAUCACACAGUGGGAAGCCAUUGGCUGGCUUGCUAUUUUGACUAUAUGGAUUUCUGUAUUAUCUGGUUAUCUUGUUGAUGCUAUCGAGGGAGCAUCUGCCUCAAUGAAUAUGCCUGUCGCUUUUAUAAGUGUGAUCUUGCUUCCAAUUGUGGGGAAUGCUGCAGAGCAUGCAAGUGCAAUCAUGUUUGCAAUGAAAGACAAGCUGGAUAUAACACUUGGAGUAGCAAUUGGGUCAUCCACUCAGAUAUCAAUGUUUGUGAUUCCAUUCUGCGUAGUUGUGGGAUGGUUCAUGGGGAAGCCUAUGGACUUGAACUUCCAACUCUUUGAGACUGCAACACUAUUUAUUACAGUGCUAGUGGUAGCAUUUAUGCUGCAGGAAGGGACAUCAAACUACUUUAAAGGGUUGAUGCUUAUACUAUGCUACCUCAUUGUUGCUGCAAGCUUCUUUGUACAUGUUGAUCUUCCAUAUGGUGCAGAUUAAUGUUGAUGCCUACAAAGCAGCACUUUUUCUUUAUACAUAAAGAGAUGUAACCUCUGGACAAGGAAGUGGCCGUUUGAAAAGCUUAUUUAUCAUACACACACCUGAGGCUCUUCAAACAUAUACACUUUCUGGCAUUGUGUCAUAUAUGUGUGUAUGUAUAUAUGUAUGCAUGCAUGCAUGUAUAAUGCAAAUCCUAAUUAUCAAUGUAAGAGAGCACUCAUGGUCUUUUACUAGAAGAAAAUAGGAACAGACAUACAGCGGACAUUGUCCUGGCAAAGGGGCGGUGGCUAUGUUACAUUGAAAUACUAUUUUUCAUAGUCAGGCAUCGAAAGUGUAAUCUUUUUUGUCUUUUCAUAGAAUUUGAGUAUCCAUUGUUCAUAUCAUCUGCGGUAAUGUGUUUCUCCCUUCUGCCAUCUCUCUUUAUUUUAUGGUUGAAUACGAAUAGUAGUAAUAAUAAUGUUUUGGAAGGCUAUACGAAGAAGAUAUGUCAUAUGGCAAUUUGAAAUC